CUUCGGGUGAGAUACGAAUCCGAAACGAAAAAAACGAAGAAAUUAUUAUACCAGAAGCUCAGUUAAAUAAAGUCAUGAACAGGAAUUUGGAACUUCUCAUUAAAUAUUGUGAAAAUUCGAAAGUACUGUUUAUGCCUUAUCCAAUCCAGAUUAUCAAAUUAUUCGUUACUUAUGUACAGAUGGACUAUCCCGGAUUGACCUGUAUUACGCAAGCGUUCGAUCUGUAUCAUCUGAGUUCAAGAUACGAGUUAGUUGAUUUAAGAAGGAAAUGCAGAUCAUUUAUCAUUCAGCAAAUAAACCUGGAUACCGUCUUUGCAAUCCACGAUUUUGCACGUCAGAUCGGUGAUCUGGUCAUACCUUAUUAUUGCUGGCUAGCUUUCGACCAACUAGGAGAAAGACUAUUUACAACAGUCACCUUUAUGUGCUGUAAAAUUGCAACAAUUGAUAGACUGUUAUCUCGAGCGAUAUAUGAAUCAGUCAGUGAGUUGCGUUUACUCGGAGCCGUGUAUCAGUGGAGCAUAAAUGAAGUUAAAAAAAAAUUUGGUGAACACAAGUUCCAUUCGAUGAGUGAAAAAUCGAAAAGGAGUGUAAUAAGAAAGGUAAUGGAGCCAUUUAUUGGAAAAGUCAGAUUUCUUGCCAUGAAUGAAUACGAAUUGCAAUUUUGUCUUUAUACAAUGAACUUGUUAAGCGACGUAGAAAAGAGUCAUAUCUGCUAUGCUUAUAAGACUGGUAAUUAUUUCUUUUAUCCCAGUUACUUCAGUCGAGAAACAAAAACCAGAAGCAGAAUAAAUUAUUGGAACUUGUUCUCGUACAUAAAUCGUGGAGUUCCUUUUAUGGUCGCAAACAGAAAGAUGAAAGAUUACAUAUAUUUUAGCAGCGAAGUACUUGUGAGGGAAGAUUGUUUCGUCACGGCUCUUCGAUUUCCGGUGAAGCUUGGCAAAAGUUUUCCAAUGUACGUACACGCGUAUAUUAACUCUUUGGACAACGAGCAGUUUUCGUUUGACACCGUUUGCAAUUCAGAGGGAGUAGCAAAUCUGCAAACGAAGUAUUAUCUAGAAAAAUAUUGGUCAAUUCGUUUCUUUGCUUUCUUUUUUCCCCCUGAAAAUGUUCAACCCGGUAUCGAGUUUUUACCUGAACUGAGUUACUUUGUGAGCGACGAAGGAACAGAUGCCAGGAAAUUUGAAGACAAAAUUAUAACCUGUGACAGAAACCUUAUGAACAAUAUUUACUUUUCGGUCGAUUUAUAUUUUUGAAGUUAAAAGUUUCUCUGGAAAAAAGUGAAAUCUGAACGAGAAUAUAAUGUAAAGUUAAUUCAAAUAUAAUUAUUUCUUACUGUAUCACUAAAAUUUCUGCAAAAUCUGUGUGUAUGUGAACGGCAUAAUGAAUUUAUUGAAUUUACAGAAAACAAAAUUUAAAUAUAAAGUUCUUAUUAAUGUAAUUUUUCUUAUUGAAAAGUAAAUUGUCUUUUUAUUGCAGUAGAUUUUCUAGAAAGAAAUAUUAAUAUAAUUACAAUCUUGCAACAUUAAUCUUUUCUUUCUUCGUGUUAAUGACAAUAGAAAUAUGAAAAGUUAAAACUAGAAUUUUUGCCUAAAUGUAAGUGCAAAUCGAUAUUCACAUUUCAAUUUUAGUAUUUACGAUAUUGUUCUUUGUAUUCUUUGUCAAGAAUGUAAUGUUUUUCCAUUCUUUUCAUCUACGACACUUUGCGUAAAUUUAAUUGGCUUCAAAUUUGAUUUGUUUAAAGUGAAUGUGUCGAGAACUCUGGUCACUGACAUUAAAAAGAUCACUAUUCAAAAGAAGCUUUAUAAGGUGUAGCUUUAAUACUACGUGAUUACAGUGAGGUAAUUUUGAUAGCUGUACUGUACUUAUUUAUAAUACUAAACAAUAGGACAUUGGAACAAUAGGCAUAAAGAAAUUUUCGACUUGAUUUUUAAAAUAUACAAUUUCUAAAAAUAAAUAUAAAAGUAUUUAUUUACUAUAUUUACUGCAAUCGUAUUUUGUAAAAUUUUUAUUGCCA